UACGCCACAGAUCUCGACAGAGAAGAAGCGUUCACCGGAGGCCUUCCAGAAUUCCCCUCACUCGACAACGGCGCAACGACCAACGGUGACGACGACGACGACCUCAGCCUCGGCCUUCCCACGUCGCCACCUCAGCCGCAGCAGCCAAUCAAAUCCACGCAUGCGGCCUCUUCUCACAAAGAUCAACCCAUCGACAAAGCCCUCGAAUUAGUCAACCAGAUGGCGGGCGACGUCAUCGCCGCCGCUGUCACAGCUGCCAUCCAGGAGAGAAUAGAAUCAGCGGUCGGCUUCUCAGCGCUGAGCGAAGGCUCGGAGCGGUCAAGACUCCCAGAAUCCACCAGGCUGCUGGAGCUGGCCGAGGAGUCGGACAGCGAGGUGGAGGACUUUGAGCUGCUGGACCAGUCGGAGCUGGAGCAACUGGAAGGGGAGCUGGGUCUCGGAGAGGAGACGGCCCGGGCCAAAGAAGAGGAUCCGGCUCAGAGUGACAAGCCGGCUUCAUCUGGUUUCUUCUCUAAACUCCUGAGACGCCACUGAUGGAUGAGAAGUUCGGUCAGCAGGGGACAAGGACGGGUUACAGAGGACAUGUGGAGGGCAGAGGGGAUGCUCUGGUCAGAAGACUGUUGGGGGGUAGCGAGAAAACAAUGUUUCCAUUUAUCUGUUUUUCCUGUAGAGCUAA